UGUGUUUAUAGCAGUUGCAGCCGCCGCCGCCACCUACCGAUAGAAUAGCCAAAGCGACAACGAUUCCCAAUGCCUUGGUGAUUAAUGGGCCCAGGGCACAUGGCCGACGGGAUGCGCAUAACUCACUUGCCCCAAACGAGAUACUGCCGAUGGCUGGCCCUGGCAUUGGCCCUAGUGCUGGGCCUCGCCUCAGCCAUGGAGUCGUCGGCGGAGCUGCAGGCACUGGGCCUGGACCAUCAGCAUCAGCAGCAGCAGCAACAGCAGCAACAGCAGCAGAGUGUGGCAAUUAAGCCGUCGCCAGGUGGCAAUGCCUUAAUUAGUGGCAGCAGCCUACAGCAGCGCUCCUCUGCCGAAAGGGAAACCAUACAAAUGGGCGGCGGAGGUGGCGCACAGAUGGAGCAAGAGGAGCUGCCCGUGUGGGGGCCGCAGCAUCGCGCCAAUUGGAAGUACAAGCGGACGAAAGUCAAGCGGCGGCAGCGCCUCAAUUCGCAGAGCAAUCUGCCGAGCAUCACGAACUCCUCCGCUCAGCCGUACACGCCGCCAGCCACGCAGCAGCAGCGCUACCUGAAGGUCAACCAGGUGUUCGAGAGCGAGCGUCGCAUGUCCCAGGCGGAGAUCCAGCACAAUCACGGCAAAAUUGUGCUGCUCGGGCUGUUCGAGCUGUCCACGAAGCGCGGCCCGCGUCCGGAUGGCAUCUCGGAGCUGGGUGCCGCCACCAUGGCCGUGGAGCACAUCAACCGCAAGCAGCUGCUGCCCGGCUACACCCUCGAGCUGGUGACCAACGAUACGCAGUGCGAUCCCGGCGUGGGUGUGGAUCGCUUCUUCCAUGCCAUCUACACGCAGCCAUCGACGCGCAUGGUGAUGCUGCUGGGCUCCGCCUGCUCAGAGGUCACCGAGAGCCUCGCCAAGGUGGUGCCCUAUUGGAACAUUGUGCAGGUCUCCUUUGGCUCCACCUCACCGGCGCUGAGCGACAGGCGUGAGUUUCCCUACUUCUAUCGCACCGUGGCGCCCGACUCCUCCCACAAUCCGGCGCGCAUCGCCUUCAUACGCCGCUUUGGCUGGGGCACGGUGACGACCUUCUCGCAGAACGAGGAGGUGCACUCGCUGGCGGUGAACAAUCUGGUGACGGAGCUGGAGGCGGCCAACAUUAGCUGUGCGGCCACCAUCACAUUUGCGGCCACGGACUUCAAGGAGCAGCUCCUGCUGCUGAGGGAGACGGACACGCGCAUCAUUAUCGGCAGCUUCUCGCAGGAGCUGGCACCGCAGAUCCUCUGCGAGGCCUACCGGCUGCGCAUGUUCGGGGCGGACUAUGCCUGGAUACUGCACGAGAGCAUGGGCGCGCCAUGGUGGCCGGACCAGCGCACAGACUGCACCAACCACGAGCUCCAGCUGGCCGUGGAGAAUCUCAUUGUGGUCUCCACACACAACAGCAUUGUGGGCAAUAAUGUCAGCUAUAGCGGAUUGAACAAUCACAUGUUCAACUCGCAGCUGCGCAAACAAUUUGAACAGUUUCAUGGCCAUGUGGAUGCCGCAGCCACCGCCACAGUCACAGCCACAGCCAGUGGCAACAACCGCAAGCGUGCCGCACCGCAAGCGGAUUUGGAUUUGGAUUUGAAUCUGGAUUUGGAUACGCUGUCGAGCAGGCGGCGCAGGCGUGCCACGGGGAGUCACAGUCACAGCCACAGCCACCUCUUCCCGGAGGCCAUCUCACAGUACGCGCCGCAGACUUACGAUGCCGUGUGGGCCAUUGCCCUGGCACUGCGCGCCUCCGAGGAGCAUUGGCGCCGCAACGAGGCGCAGUCGAAGCUGGACGGAUUCGAUUAUACGCGCAGCGACAUGGCCUGGGAGUUCCUGCAGCAAAUGGGCAAGCUGCACUUCCUGGGCGUAUCGGGUCCCGUCUCGUUUAGCGGUCCGGAUCGCGUGGGCACCACCGCCUUCUACCAGAUCCAGCGCGGCAUGCUGGAGCCCAUUGCGCUGUACUAUCCCGCCAGCGAUGCGCUGGACUUUCGCUGCCCCCGCUGCCGACCGGUCAAGUGGCACAGCGGCCAGGUGCCCAUCGCCAAGCGGGUGUUCAAGCUGCGCGUGGCAACCAUCGCGCCGCUCGCCUUCUACACCAUCGCCACACUGUCCAGCGUGGGCAUUGCCCUGGCCAUUGCCUUUCUCGCCUUCAAUCUGCACUUUCGGAAGCUCAAGGCAAUUAAACUUUCCAGCCCGAAGCUGAGCAACAUCACCGCAGUGGGCUGCAUCUUCGUGUAUGCCACCGUCAUCCUGCUGGGCCUGGACCACUCCACGCUGCCGUCGGCGGCAGACUCCUUUGCCACAGUCUGCACGGCACGCGUCUAUCUGCUGUCGGCUGGCUUCUCGCUGGCCUUUGGCUCGAUGUUCGCCAAGACAUACCGCGUGCACCGCAUCUUCACACGCACCGGCAGCGUGUUCAAGGACAAAAUGCUGCAGGACAUCCAGCUGAUUCUGCUGGUGUGCGGCCUGCUGCUAGUGGACGCCCUGCUCGUCACCCUCUGGGUCGUCACGGAUCCCAUGGAGCGCCAUUUGCAUAAUCUGACACUCGAAAUCAGCGCCAUUGAUCGGAGUGUUGUGUACCAGCCCCAGGUGGAGGUUUGCCGCUCGCAGCACACCCAAACGUGGCUGAGUGUCCUGUACGCCUACAAGGGCCUGCUGCUGGUGGUGGGCGUCUACAUGGCCUGGGAGACGCGUCACGUGAAAAUACCCGCCCUCAACGAUUCCCAGUACAUUGGCGUCUCCGUCUACAGUGUGGUCAUCACGAGUGCCAUUGUCGUUGUGCUGGCGAAUCUCAUCUCGGAGCGUGUGACGCUGGCCUUCAUCACCAUCACGGCCCUCAUUUUGACCUCGACAACGGCGACGCUCUGCCUGCUGUUCAUACCGAAGCUGCACGACAUUUGGGCGCGAAAUGACAUCAUUGAUCCUGUGAUCCACAGCAUGGGCCUCAAAAUGGAGUGCAAUACGCGACGGUUUGUGAUCGACGAUCGCCGGGAGCUGCAGUAUCGCGUGGAGGUCCAGAACAGGGUCUACAAGCGCGAGAUCCAGGCGCUGGACGCGGAGAUACGCAAGUUGGAGCGCCUGCUGGAGUCCGGCCUGGGCACCGCCUCGACGACCACAUCCUCGUCCACGUCCCUGCUGCCGGGACACGGCCAUCUGAAGCCCGAGCUGACCGUCACCAGCGGACUGUCACAGACGACGCCCCAAGCGGCCCCAAGCAAGUCGCGCACACCGAGCAUCUCCGGUAUGCUGCCCAACCUGCUGCUCUCCGUGCUGCCGCCGGUGAUACCGCGCGCCAGCUGGCCCUCGGCCGAGUACAUGCAGAUCCCGAUGCGUCGAUCGGUGACGUUUGCCUCGCAGCCGCAGCUGGAGGAGGCCUGCCUGCCCGCCCAGGAUCUGAUCAAUCUGCGACUGGCCCACCAGCAGGCCACCGAGGCGAAGACGGGGCUCAUCGAUCGCCUGCGUGGCAUCUUCUCGCGCACCGCCUCCAGCAACAAGGGCUCCACGGCCAGCCUGGCGGACCAGAAGGGCCUCAGGGCCGCCUUCAAGUCGCACAUGGGUCUGUUCACCCGCCUGAUUCCCUCCUCGCAGACAGCCUCCUGCAAUGCCAUCUACAAUGCCCCGAUUCAGAAUCCGAGCGCAGAGGCGGGUGCAGGUGGCGGUGGCGGCCUGCCCGUCGAGUCCAACUCGAAUGGGCGGACGACGCACCUGAAGGCCAUUCAUCGCGGCUCGCUCACGAAGAGCGGCACCCACCUGGACCAUCUGGCCAAGGAUGCCAGCAGCACGCCCAGCUUCCUGCUGCCCGCCAUCUCCACCAUCUCCGGGGAGCAUCUGGGCGGGGCACCGGUACCACCACCAACCGAUGGCAAGUACGUGAAGCUGCUGGAGACCAAAGUGAACUUUCAGCUGCCCAGCAGCCGCCGGCCGUCGGUGGUGCAGCCGACGCCGAGUCUGAGGGAGCGUGUGCGCGGCUCGCCGCGCUUUCCCCACCGCAUCCUGCCGCCGGCUGCCUGCAGCCUGAGUGCCCUGGCCGAGUCGGAGUCGGACACCGCCAGAGCUCUGAAUGCAGACAGCAUUUUGGGCAGCUGCAAGUCCAUUCCGCGCAUCUCGCUGCAGCAGGCGACCUGCGGGGGCACCUGGAAGUCCAUGGAGACGGCCGCCAAGUCGCGUCUCUCGCUGGGCGACUCCCAAGAGGAGGAAACACCAGCGGCAGGGGCAGCAGCCGAGGCAGCGACAGCGACAGUGGCGGAGCAAGUGCAGGUCGAGGCGUUGCCAUUGAAUGGCUUAGAUUAGACACACCCCGCACCCGCACCCGCACCCGCACCCUACCGCUCAGUCCUCGUCAAUUAGAAGCAAACACCAAGCAAUUAUUUUCACGCGCCCCUCCCUCCCCAAAUACCCCCAGAGACAGCUCC